CUAUUUCCGCUUUUAAAAUAUCUAAAAUGGCUCAAGUAGAACUUGCCCCACUGCGUACAAUGGGAGAUUUUCUCUUUGAGACUGCACGAUUUCAGAUUCCACAAAUUAACGAUCCAGAGAAAUGGUCUAAUAGAGUAUUAAACAAUCUUCUUUAUUAUCAGACAAAUUAUUUCCUUACAGCAUUGUUAAUAUUUCUUGUAAUUGGAAUCAUCCACCCAGUUCAGAUCUUGUUAGGAUUUACAGCUUUAGCCAUUUGUUUUGGCGUAUUUGUGUACUUCACCAACAGCCAAUACAAAGCCAAACGUUUUAAGCAUGAUCACCCGGUCUUCUGUGUUGCCGCCAUCAUUGCCGCAGGAUACUUUGUGGUGUACAUGUUUGGAGCCGUGCUUGUGUUUAUGUUUGGGAUUGCCUUCCCAAUGCUGUUAAUAUUGAUACAUGCCUCACUGCGAUUAAGAAACUUUAAAAAUAAAUUUGCCAACAAGAUGGAGUAUGUUGGAUUAAAGAGAACACCAAUGGGCAUCAUUCUGGAAGGCCUGGGUCAGGAACAGGAAGCUGGAUCAUAAAAAGAUG